AUGGAUAAAGAUGCAGCUGCAUCAGGAAGGCCUGCGAAAUUGCAGAAGCUGCAUGAUCUGAGAAGGGGUGUGCCUUAUGUUUCGAAGUCGGCCUUGGAGGGUAUCCUGAAAACCAUUCAGGAGAAAGGCAUCCCCGAGGUUGUUCACACAAAGGCGAUGCUUGAAGCAACCAGAAAGGAGAUAUCAUCUUGGAAUGCCUACGGCAGCCUUCUUCAAACUUGCAGAGUCAUCGAUGUGCAUGGUGCAGAAAAGGAUCUCAUGUUCGUGAACUUCCACAGCUUCCUGCACGGACUCUUCAAGCAAGGGGAUGCAUGGAUGUGCUUGAUGUUCCAGAAGACAAACUUCAUCGGCAAACUGGACGGCUCCAUGAGCCAGGAACACGUGUUCUGCAACGAUGUUGUGAAUCCUCAACUCACUGGAGUACUGCUGCAAUCUCCUGAUCCUGAGGAUCCACCAUUGCGGCUGUAUUACAGGUUCAGGAUCUUGGUCCAGGACGGUGCCGCACAGAAGUUCUGCCUGGCCAUGAAGGGGGACUCCGACACAAAGUUUUGUGUCAAGUGUAAGAACUGUAUCUGUAUCAAGUCGAGCAGACAAUGCGACAAUGAUUCAGAUGCAGAGGAGGACUUCUCUACUGCCAAGUAUACAAAGAAGUCACAAUUGCACCUGGCAAGUGAUUCGGAAGUACUUGACAGCUGGCAGAGGAUGGAACAACGAUUUCUUUCCGAGACACCGAAAGUGUUUGCACAGUGGGAGCAGGCGACAGGGUUCUCGUUUUCUCGCGAAGCUUUGUUGGGUUCUACGAGGCUCAGACCUUUUUUGGAACCGGUGAGCUGUUACAUGCACGACUGGAUGCAUGGAGUUGUGGCGAACGGAGCUUUGAACAUCGUCGGCUACCUUUUCCUUCAAGCAAUGCAAGAGCAAGGUCUUCAGAGUUGGUCUUCUUUUCGGGACUACCUCGGCUUCUGGGUGUUGCCUGCAGCUACCAAAAAAGCAUGCCCGGAUCUCCCUAGUUUGUUUGACAGCAAGCGGGUGGAUGCAUGCAAGAAGAGUAGCAAACUGAAAAUGCAAGCUUCUGAGCUGUUGUGCAUCGGGCCCAUCUUGUCCCACUUCGCAUCGACUGCAUGUGCUGGGGCCGCAGAUCAAAGGCCUUGCAAGGCAUUGGUUGCCAUGGUUUUUUUCUUGGAACUGUUGACAUCUGUGGUUCAUGGAUGUGUGCGAGGAAAAGAGUUGGGCAAAGCAGCUGAGCGAGUCCUUCAGCUGGUCGUGGAAAACGACUGGGAAGCUUGGAUGGUCAAGAAAUUCCACUGGAUGCUUCAUUAUGGAGACAGUUUGCAGCUGCACAAUUGUCUCAUUCCAUGCUUUGCUAUGGAACGAAAACACAAGCAGUUGACGAAAAUUGGAACUCCUAUAAAGAACAUGAGAGCCUAUGAACGGGCAGUGCUGGAAGAGGUCGUUUCCGGUCAGCUCUUCAAAUUGAAGCAACCGGGCCGUUUCGACAUGUCGUGCAGGCUGCUUUCUCAAAGUUGCAAGGCCACUCGGGCCAUGCAGGAACUUCUGGCCCAGCAUGGUGUGACGAUGGGCCAAGUCACCAUCUGCAGAACCUUGAAGCUUGCUGGGGGCGGAUCUGUUUCAACUGGUGAUGUUGUGUUGCUGAAGAUGCAGUCGGCCCUGGCUUGUGGCAUUUUGCUGGCCAACUUUGGCAACGGCCAGCCUCACAGCAUUCUUAAGUUCUUGGAUUUCCAGAAGACUUUGGCUGAUGCUGCUGAGUGGAAGGAGGCACAUGACAAUCAAGCACAUGUGGUUAGCAGCUUUGGAAUACUGUGUGCUGUGAGUUAUUUCAAGUCCUCUGAUGUGUAUCGGACUUUGCUGCCGUACCAUGCUCGCAACCUUCUGGCAAGAGGGUCCUGA